CUAGGAAAGUUGGAUUUUUCAUUUAAGUCACACAUGUUGUGGCCUUCUGGUGGCUGCGUGAACGCCUCACGCUGACAGAUGGCCGCGGCCCAUAACUAUAGAGUCCGAGCGCCCGGUCCCCGAGGGAUACAGAGAGAGAUGGCGAGAGGGAGCGAAAAGGAGAGGGAGAGAAUGCGUCGCUCAACUGAUCCCAUCAAAAAGAGAGAGGGUAGAGCACGAGGGAGGGAUAAAGAUAGGAAAGGACGGCAGGAAGGAGGGAGGGGGUUGGGGGGGAUGAGCCCCAGAGCCCCUUAAUCCCAAUCCCUAAAAUUGAGUAAAUAUAUUUGCCAGCUUUGCAAACUUUAAAAGGGCGCCUGGUGCUCCUGAAGGUUCUGAUUAGGUGUCUAGUCUAUCAGCCUGUGGGUCUUUGGGAAGAUUGUUUGUCCAUGGGUAGAAUUGUGGCUUUGACGAUGGUGUUCACAGAGGAUACGUUUAUAGUACCAUCUAGUAGAAGUGGGGUGCUGGCUGGUCAUCAGUCCACAUUGUGUGACGCUACCUUUUGUCUUUUAGCCAUGACUCUUCGUUAAUCCUAUCAAUGAAACAAAGUAAUCGCCUGGUUAAAGAUCCCACGACUCUGAUUGGCGUACUUUAGGAAUCUUCUUUGAAUAAAGAGUUAAAAUAUCACUGGCACAGGUAGACAAUGAAGCCCUGAGAUGCCCGUCACCAUACUCAUGUAUACUGUGGAAAUGAAUAACAAGGGCUUCCUCUACAACUGUAAUAUAAUAGUAUGAUAAUGGAUUUUCUAUCUACUAUAGUUUUUACCUUACAGGAUUUUGUAAAGCAGUAUAUCAUUCCCUGUACUCCCACUUGGUCUCACUCCUCACUGCUGCUCUGUGCACACUCUCACUCCCACUCACUUCUGCUGUGGCUCUACAUGCAAUGUUCUGUUCAUUAAGAAAUGUGUUCAACUUUGAAUAGCAUAUAAAUAGUAUAGUGAUAGAAAUGAACAUUUUCUAUCAACUCUACAGCUAAUACUCCAGUCAUGAUUCAACAGCCAUGCCAUUCUGCUAGGCCUAAUGUCUACCAAGAGGGCACUAUGUUGCGUUAUGCCUGUGUUGUGGUUAAAACGGAUGUGGGAGUCCUCAUUUACUUCAUGUAAGGAUAAUGCAACUUUGUUAGAGAUAAAUAUUUAAAAAAACGUGUUUGGUUUGACGGGCUACACAUUCUUCUUAUGUUGUUGCUAAAAUUGAACGAAACAAAAGAAACCAUUCAGAAGACCAUAUCCUUAAAAAUGAGAUAUACAAAAAUGUGUAGACCUACAUUGGUCUAGAUAUUCACCAUAUUUACUUGUGUAAAUGACCAAGUGGAUCACAUUGUUUACUACAUGGGAUCAGAGUUUCAAAUAAUCUUAGUUUGUUUCACUUUGAAAGCCCUGGGACACGCACCGCACCUCAUGUGGCGCGCAGUAAGCCUCUUACAACUAUUAACACACCAAAUGCAGAGGAUGCCAAUCAAGAAACCAUGGGGCGUGGAGAAAUUUAAAGGCAGUCUUGCGUUUACAGUACACUACACGAGUUUAGCUGUAGCUUACCCAAAUUGUUAUUUCUCUAAAUUUCUAUGACUUACUGACAGAAACGGACAUUCAGGUGCGUGCUGGUUCGAUACACUUUGGGAAGUGAACCAACAUAUGAGAUUUCAAGGUGCAAAGAUCCAGACGGCUCUGGCUUUUUUGAAGCGUUAUUCCUCGUGAAUUAGGCCAGUUAUUCAACUGCACAAUGCUUCCACAAGAUAUAGGAGUGCAGAAACCCCGUCGGAUCUCGGAUCCGUCUCCACCCGUACCACCACGGCGGUGGUCGGGCUCCGUACCUGAGCGCAAGGUGAACUGCGUCCUCGUCGGAGAUGGAGCGGUGGGGAAGACAAGUCUUAUCGUCAGCUACACCACAAAUGGUUAUCCGACAGAAUACAUUCCAACAGCUUUCGACAACUUUGCAGCUAUGGUUGUGGUGGACGGAAAACCUGGGAGACUGCAACUCUGUGAUAUGGCUGGCCAGAAAUGGGGGAUGGAGGAGAACACUAUUAAUAAUGACGAGCUGGACCGGAUCCGCCCUCUAUGCUACCACAAUGCCAAUGUCUUCUUACUCUGCUACAGCGUGGUGCACCCCUCCUCCUUCUGCAACGAUACCGACCGCUGGACGCCCGAGAUCCGCCGUCACUGCCCCGGGGCGCCCAUGGUCCUGGUGGGGACCCAUCUGGACCUGAGGGAAGACAUCCAGGUGCUGGUCCAGCUGGCCAGGAAUCAGGAGCGGCCCGUGGGCACCGAGGAGGCCCAGCAGCUGGCGCAGGAUAUCGGGGCCGUGUCCUUCGUAGAGUGCUCGGGUCUGACCCAGAAGAACCUGAAGGAGGUGUUUGACCAGGCCAUCUUGGCCAGCAUCCAGCCGGUGGAGAACGUUCAGCAGCUCCAGCAGAGGCGGAGCCUGAGGAAGAAGAGUCUCUCUGAGACUUGGUGGAAGAAGCUGAGCUGUGUUGUUGUGGCAGGAGAGUGUGUGGGAGGAGAGUUUGACUGAACCCCCAAGCAGGUGUUUAGGAUUUGACAUUUUUCUAAGCUUGUAUUUAGUCUUUAGUUUUUUUCACUUCAUAUAUAAUAGCACUCAGGAAAACAGACCUGGAUCAAUAGUAUGUUGGAAAAAAUGUAAAUGUAUUAUCCAAAGACUCAAGGAAUUAUUUAAUAUCUAAAAAGGAGAAGCACUAAAAAGAAUUAUCAUUGCUGGCAAGAUAAUGAAUGAGUUUCAGCGUCAGUGAUACCUUAUAUUAACUACGGGUAGGACAAGGUUUUGUGUUCAAAGGCCUUGACGAGGGCACAACAAGUCUGAAUUAAGUGAUUGGAUUUGAGUUAGCAAAUCCAAUAGCUGGGGAGACUACUAAAUGAAAUGACUGACUUCACAAUGAUCUCUGUGUUAUUCUGUGUAACCCACAUCAAGGGUCAAAGGUCACCAUUGGAGAAUGUUGUGGAGGAUUACGAGAAACUAGCCAGUAGAAACUCUAACGCCAAACCAUAAACUUACUUUGUCUGCCAUUUUGACAAAGUCUCUCAAUGUUAUUUACUAACCUAUAUCAGAUCAUGUACAAUGACUGCUCUUUCAAGUUCAAGUAGUCCAAAGCACUGUUCUUGUAUCAGUUGUUGACAUUGCUGGACAUCCCAACCAAACACAGCAAAGGAUACUGUAGUUUCCCAGUCAGAUUGACUCUAAUCUGACUCUAAUUUGCAGAUCAGUUGGUAUGACUUUCCCCCCUGAUCCCUGGUCAGGUCUGUCGUGGUGAUGAAUCGUAUUGGUUCUCCGGUGGAGGCCGUACACAGCUUUCUAAUAGGACGAGACAGGACCACCUGGAUUGGAUUAGCUGGGCAUAUGGUGGCUGACCCAGUCACCUGAAUCCAUCACACCGUAGCCCUGCUCUGAUGUCAACCAUGACCGUCUGCCUAGGAAGACAAAGCAAGACUCAGACCCUGUCACCCUGCUGCUGGAGCUUCACCAUAAAGAGAACAGAGAUCACUGGGGGACGGGGUUCAUAUCAGUAGAGAUGCAUUUCAAAGAAGUGAGAGAUGUUAUUUAUUAUUGUUAGUUGGCAAAUACUAUCUGCAAGUGGAGAUAUUUCUGAAGCACAUAAAGAAUUUAAAUGAUUUAAAAUAAAUCCUGAUAUUGAUAGAAAACAUGAACGCUUUUACUGAAUACUGAUAUAAAGUUAAUGAUAAGAACACUGCUUUUGUCUGGCCCUAGUGAUUGCUAUCUUAUUUUUGUUGUUGUUAUAAAUUACAUGUUUAUUUGCAAUAUAUUUCAUAAUUAAUGCCUCCCAUAUUCUGUAGUGCUCUCUGCGUUUUAUUGUGGUGCUGUCCCUAUUGACUUACUGGGGCAGGAGAGGACAGGUGCGUGAACUCACUUAAUCCUGUCACCAAGAAUUGAACAGCUUGAGAAAGUUGACAUGCCGGUGUGGCUAACCUGUGAGGCAUUUGGCAGGGACAGCUGGCAGCUUCAAAUUCCUAUUCACUCAUCCAUUCAUUGUCUGUUCCAAUGUGUACUCUGUUCCAAAUAUAUCAAAUAUUCUUUGAUUUCUACUUGAUAAGAAAAUCGUAUAUGUCCAUAAUAUAAACACUAUUCAAUAUUGAGGGAGUUUGUGGAGAGAAAUCCCUGCCAUCUUCUAUUGUCGUGGUCGACAUUCGCUGCCACUAGAGGUCCCUAAAGCGUUACAAAUGCUGAGCUGCAGUUCAUGCUCCACAAUGCCUCAAGUUGACUAAGGUCAAGUGCAUCUCGAUCACCUCACAUAUCUUAUUAGUUUACAGAGAUCUCUUUAUUCUGUUUAAAGGCCUGAGUUUAGACAAGACAUUACACAGUGUCUCAGAUCUUCAUACUAUCGGAAUUUCAAGACAUCAAUGCAUCAUUCAUUUGCCUAAUCCGUCCGUAUAAUAUAGAUAUCCGUAUAAUAUAGAUAUUUAUUGCACUGCAACGUAGGUCGACAAACCUACUGCACAAAUAUGUAGCACAAAUACAUAGUGGCUCCAAACAGAAGACUUUAGAGUAUUCUAGAUGUACUAUUGAGUGCCUCUGCCUAGAAGCAACAGGCUGUUUUUAGAGGACCUGGCUGCUCUAGUGAAGGGGGCUAUUUCCGUCCCCCCUCUUAGCUGUGCUCUUCAACUGGGCAUAUUAGCUCCCGACUAGCAUUAAAGACCUAAGUCAAAGACCACAGCUCUGGCUCUGUUCUGCCCUCCUGUGGCUCAGCGGCUCCUCUCAGAGCAACCACUGCAUUUAUGGACAGACACAACUCACUGUCGUCGACACAGCAAUUCUCCCUCUAUUUUACCCAGCUUCGACCAUUCAAGCUCUUAUAUACUGCUGCACCACUCCCACUCCCCCACACUUUAUCCCAAAGCCCACCACUUUUUCCAAAACACGUUUUUCAGACACUGUCAAUUAGGGAGGGGUCCUUCUCUGCUGGCAAAGGAACAUGUGGGUGGCUAUAUUUAACACCCAAAUCCUCCCCCUUUCAGUCCCAGGCGGCUGGUGGUGUUCCUGAAGGCACCUAUUUUGGCCCUAUUGGGUUUUGAAAUGCCAGGUGGCUUUAAAUAGAGUGAGAAGAUGUCUGGGGGGUGGAAUUCUCGAGUAGAAUGUGCUUGAAUAAACUUUGGCUCUGAUUGA